AUGCUUCCUCUUCGCUUCCUCCGGCAUCGUUCGCCGUUCACCACCUCGGUUCGCACAAUGGCUUCCGCAUGCUCGACUUCAUCCCGCCUCGAGACUCUCCCCAAGUCGUCUAUUCGUGUCCUCCGUUCUGUCGAAUCUGUUCGCCGCUGGCGCAACCCCCAUGUUAUCAACCACCGUUCUGUGGGCUUUGUGCCCACCAUGGGUGCCCUGCACGAAGGCCAUCUGUCAUUGAUCCGUGCUGCUGCGAAAGAGAACCACCACGUUGUGGUAAGCAUAUAUGUCAACCCUGCGCAGUUUGGCGUCAAAGAGGAUCUUUCAUCAUAUCCCGUCACAUGGGAAGAAGACUCAAAGAAGCUGGCGGCGCUGGAUAGAGAACUCGCGGAUGAUGGAGGAAAUAUGGGUCGCAUCUCUGCUGUAUUUGCGCCAACGACACCAGAGAUGUAUCCCAGUGGCUUCCCAGGCCAGGAAGUUGACAGCAAGGGAAGCUUCGUCUCUAUUACACCUGUGGGCGAACUCCUUGAGGGUGCCAGCAGACCAACCUUCUUCCGGGGUGUUGCGACAGUGUGCUUAAAGCUCUUUAAUAUUGUCCAACCCGAGCGUGCAUACUUUGGCCAGAAGGAUGUUCAGCAAACAGUUGUCAUCCGCCGAAUGGUCAAGGACUUUGUCUUGCCUAUGCAAGUAGUUGUCCAGCCUACAGAACGUGAGAGGGACGGCCUUGCGCUUAGCUCUCGAAACGUUUAUCUGGGCCCCAGACGGAGAGAAGCGGCCAUCGUUCUCCCAGGCGCAUUAACCAGAGCCGCUAGCGCAUACUCAGUUAAUGGUCACUGUGACCGGGAAAGUAUUCUCGGCGCGGCGCAUAAAUUCAUAAAGACAUUCACAUCCGACAUGUCGAAGCUUCCUCCAACGGAGCGAGUGGUCUUUGAGGUCGACUACAUAUCCCUAGCAGACCCAGACACCCUAGUUGAGAUUGACGAAGUUGACCCAACACGAGGAGCUGUUCUAAGCGCUGCAAUCAAGAUGUUACCCGUCGAGGAGGCCAAAAAAGCUGAGGACUUGGGAUUCAGUGGAGGGCCACCAGUGCGCUUGAUAGAUAAUAUCAUCCUCAAGCCGCUGGAGCCGAACGAUGCAUAG